AUGGAGCUAUGCGGUUCAGGGAUCAACAAGGAACAUCAAAUGUGUUCGAAGACUUUUGGCUAUGAACGGAUCAAAGAUCUUUCUGAAAAUGUCUUCAGGUUGAAGAAGAUCUCAAGAUGGAGAUUGAUGUGGAGAAAGAUAAUGAUGGGGAUGAAGCACAAAAAGAAAGAUCAGGUUCUUGAUCAUUGUUUUCGAUAUGAUCCUUUCACUUAUUCACAAAACUUUGAGAAUGAUGGAACCAUCGCAUAUCACGAAGAUCCUGAUGUUUCUUCUAAUUGUGGCAGAAUGUUCUUGUUGGUUAGUGUUUUAUCAGAAGUAAGUCAUUUGUUCGAUCCCAUGGAGAGCUACGGAUACCUUUCUGAGUUAAACACCAGAAUAAGCACUUUAGAGGGUGAGGAAAAGAGUUACACCCAAAAGCUUGAUGAUGUAUCAAAAGACUACAGUGCUUUGAAAUUAACUUCUGAAACCCAAGCAGCUGCUAAUGCUGAGGUCAUUAGCAGGAAAGAGGAGGAGAUUCAGCAGAUGAAGGAAAAGCUUGAUCAUGUGCUAAAGAAUGUAAAUGAGAGAACGAAGAGAACAACAGUACAGGUGUCGAGAGAUAGUGUCUCUGACCUGGAAAAGCUGCUUGGUGAGUCGAGAGCUUUGUGUUCAAAGUUUGAACCAGAGGUUUCUGUGAUUCGGGGAGAGUUUGAUGAAGCUAAGGAAAGAUAUGAAGAGAAGCUAGCUGAAGAAAGACGAAACAGUGAGGUUUUGGCUAAAGAACUUGCAGUGGAGAAAGAUCUUUUAAAGAAAGCUAGAGACGAGCUUGAGGUCGAAGAAGCAGUUAAGUCCUUAGAUGAGAUGAACAAAAACACAUCGAUAUUGACAAAAGAGCUUGAGAAGAUGAAUACUCAUGUUUCCAGUUUGGAGGACGAGAAAGAAGUGCUACAAAGAACACUGGAAGAGGCAAAUAAAGCAUCAAAAGAAGCCAAGGAAAACAUGGAAGGCGCAUAUAGCUUCUUGAUGAGUCUGAGAAAAGAGAGGGGAGUGAUAGAAAAGAAAGUGAAGAAGCUGGAGGAGGACUUGGGAUCUGCAAAGGGAGAGAUACUGCGCAUGAGGAGCCAAUCGAAGAGUGUAAAAGCUGUGAAUAGUACAGAAGAUGAAGAAAAGAGUGAUGAUAAGGUUACUGCAAAGAAAGUUGUCAGGAGGAGAAAGAGCAGUACUAGUUCUUGA